CCGGGCGGAAGCCAGGCGCGGGGCGAUGUGGUGGCGGGGCAGCGCGGCGGGGCGGGCGCUGUUCCGCGGCGGCGCUCCUUUCCUCCUCCGGCCGCGCGGACUCUCUCCCGCUCGGGCGGCGCUGCACCGGUCGGCGGGGCUGCGCGGGCUGAGCGCGGAGGAGGUGCGCAGAGCCCGCGAGGCCCGGAGGCGGAAGAGCGCGGGGGCGGCCCAGGCCAGGCCCCAGCUGAGCGAGCGCGCCCGGGAGAGGAAGGUGCCCGUCACGCGCGUCGGGCGGUUGGCCGCCGUGGGAGGGCUGGCCGUGGGGCUGGGCUUCGGGGCCUUGGUUGAAGCCGUGCGGAAUUCCCUCCGGGGCCACCGAAGCACCUCCGGUAAGAGAUGCCGCCUGACUGAGCCUGGGGCUUUGGGGGGGGAAGGGCCCACCCUGUUGAGAGUUCGGCUCCGCAGCGCUUCCCUCCCCGCAGAGAGCAGCGUCUCGGAAGCCAACGCCGAGCGGAUUGUCCACACUCUGUGCAGGAUGCGAGGGGCGGCUCUCAAGAUCGGCCAGAUGUUAAGCAUCCAAGACAGCUACUUCCUCAGCCCCCAGCUGCAGCAGGUCUUUGAGCGAGUCCGGCAGAGUGCAGAUUUCAUGCCACCCUCGCAGAUGAUGGGGGUGCUGUCCGAAGAACUGGGCACGGACUGGCGUGAGCAAGUGGCCUCCUUCGACGAAAUGCCUUUUGCUGCUGCCUCUGUGGGGCAGGUGCACCUGGGAGUGCUGAAGGACGGGAUGGAGGUGGCAAUGAAGAUCCAGUACCCUGGAAUUGCCCAGAGCAUCCGGAGUGACAUGGACAACCUCCUGUCGGUACUCAGGAUGAGCACGAUGUUCCCAGCAGGCCUUUUUGCAGACAGUACCCUGCGGGUCCUGCAGGAGGAGCUGGAGAGGGAGUGCGACUACGAGCGGGAAGCCAGCAGCACCAAGAGAUUCAGGCAGCUUCUGGAAGGCGACCCUUUCUUUGAGGUGCCGGAGGUGGUGGACGAGCUCUCCACCAAGCGAGUGCUGUCUAUGGAGCUGGUGGGGGGAAUCCCGCUGGACCAGUGCCAGGAAUUGGACCAGGAGGCUCGCAACGAGAUCUGCUCCCAGAUCCUCCGCCUUUGCCUCCGGGAGCUCUUCGAAUUCCGGUUCAUGCAGACGGACCCAAACUGGGCGAACUUCUUCUAUGACGCGGAGAGGCACAAGGUCACCCUGCUGGACUUCGGAGCUAGCCGGGAUUUUCGUAAGGAGUUCACUGACCACUACAUUGAGGUGGUGAGAGCCGCUGCUGAUGGCGACAGAGAGAAAGUGCUUCAGAAGUCAAAGGACCUGGGAUUCCUGACGGGAUUUGAAAGCCAGGUCUUUGAAGCGGCCCACGUGGAUGCGGUGAUGGAGCUGGGCAAGGCCUUCUCGGCCCCGGGGCCCUUUGACUUCCGCGCCCAGGACACCACCCGCUGCGUCCAGGACCUGAUCCCUGUCAUGCUGCAGCACCGCCUGUGCCCGCCCCCAGAGGAGAGCUACUCCCUGCACCGCAAGAUGGCCGGGGCCUUCCUUCUCUGUGCCCGUCUCGCUGCCACCGUGCCCUGCCGGGAGAUGUUUGAAGAGGCCUACAGCCGGUACACGGGCCAGGAAGGUGCCACCCAUUCGGCAGAGGAGCAGGGGGAGGCCCCUUCCAGGCUGGGCUGAGGGUCUCCGCCCACUUCCACGUGGUCCCGGCUGCCUUGGCCCUCAGGUGGCCCCCCGUGUCUGCAGCGCCUUCUGAGAGAUCAGCUCCCUGUAAGGAGUGAAGAGGGCCGUCCUCCGUCCCCUCCCUGGGCCAGGAACCAGCCUUCCUCUCCCAGGAAACCCUGCUGCUUCGGGGCCGCAAGCACAGCCUUCUCUGCCACGUUUCUGUGGGAAGCACGGGGGGCUGUGGGUUGCCCCACAGGGGAAAGGACAACUGACUCCGGGGCUGCAGAGGGAAGAGAAAAGGGCCUUUUGUCACUGGGUGUCUUGUCCGGGUGUCCGUUGCGCAGCUCUGGGUAAACUGCUGCCCUCUAGAUAGGUUGGGCUAUCACUCCCAUCUUCCCCAGCCAGCACGGACCACAUUCUGGAGGAGCUCUGCAGGAGAGCAGAGUGUCCAGGCUGCCCUGCCGGAGGGGGUGAUGGCUCCCGUGCAGGAGCAUCAGCAACAGGCUGACCAGGUUUACCUCUCAACAGCUUUUGUGGGGGCCACCUGACCUCUGGGUUUGUGAAAGGCUGGCCAGGAGCCAGAAUAAAGACAACUGACCAUCUCGGAGGCUGUAGAUCAAAUGGGGCUGAGCCACCCCAAGGCUCCUCCAUGGGAUUGGGGGGGGGGGCAGCCUUUCCGUGCCUUUAUCCAUUUUUGGGCCCUUGGGUCUGAGUAUCACGGAGAGCAGUGAGAAGGGGGGGAGAAAUCUCUGACACCCCCCCGGGGGGGAAGGCCCAGAGUGGCCCAGUUGCUGGUCAGGGGAAGAUACCCACGCGGGUGCCUGGGGAGGCGGCUGCUCUCGGCAUGCAGGCCCUCAGCUGCUUCCCACCCGGAGAGAGGGAGCAGGGGCUGGUGGUUGAAGGUGGGGGGGCAGCCCUCUUGACCUCCCUGCUCUGAACUUUGGGGAGCAGCUGCCCCCUGGCAGGGGGCCCACAGCAACCUUCACUUCCUCCAUGUCUUCCCCACCCAGUCAGCCCCAGACUCCCAUCGGGGAAAGGAGGCCCUCGGGCAGCAUCUGGCUGGAUCCGCUGUCCGUGUGCCCAGUGCUUGGAGGCAGGGGCAGGGGGUGCUUUCAGAAGCAGUCCUGGAGAGAGGAAGGGCUUCUCCUGGAGCCCCUGGCAGGUGCUGCUGGGACUCUGUACUCCUCAGUUCAGGCAGCCAGGUGCCCUUUGCCCCCUGGGGGCCCCAGCCUGGUGCAGUUUGGGCCAGGGAGCUGCCUCUGCUGGGCCAGGAGCCGCUUGGGAGAGCCUGGCACAGAGGAAACGGAUGCCCGCUUUGGCUCCUGCCUGAGAAACGGAUCUUCAUUUGCCAAGUUUUGUAACCUUUAAAAAGUCCAUUUCAGGACUCUAUAAAUACAGGAGAAUUCAACCCGG